UCCUGACACAUACUGUUUGCUUGUUUUAGUACAUUUUUCGCCGGAGAGCAUAUUCGGCAUCAUCAUCCGAGACAGUAGAGUGGCAGGCGUAAAAUAUAUCUUCAGUUGUACCGGGUUGAUCACGGAUAUUUGGAUAUAAAGUCUUCAAGACUGCAAGCUCAAAGACUUUUAAGUAAGUUUUAUUUUUCAUUUACUCCACUGAUAACCGCUCUUAGAUGGAGGAGGCGUAUGCAGCACUGUACCAGGAGUUUGUCCGUCUCCAGUCACUCUGCUUAAAACAAGCAGCAAUAAUACAACAUCUCUCUGACACAAUACAACGACAACAAGGUUUGGCCACGGCUCCAACUAGGAACUUUGAAAAGCCGUGUCAGUGCACAGAGGAAAAGUCAGGACACCGAGCCCAUGCUGCAGAACACCAUGAGCAAGAACCUCUAAGAGAUCCCAAUGGACCACACAUACUGGGCUCUCAAACUGGUAAUGAUCUCAGUCAUAUUGAUAGAGGACUAGACAAACUGCAUCUUAACCUGGACAUGCCAGAUCAGAAACAGGACAACCACGAUAAAGCAGUUUUCCACUAUCCGGUAAAGACGGAAGAAAACAGUGCCUGGGAUGACCUGAGGAGAGUUGAGCAACAUUAUUAUGCUAACCAGACUUCACAAAGACUGCGGAGGCCCUGGUCAUCCUCCUUUCUGGACAGUGAGCUGGUCAGUCAAGCCGGAGGGCUGUUCAUGUCUGGAGUCACGCUGCAGUCGCAGGUGUGUGAGUUCUGUCACGCUGUGUUUCCUGGACACACAAGCACCCGCGGAGAGUUUCUGCGUCACCUCACUACUCACAUGACCUGAAGGAAAGCAAGGCUGGGAAUCAAAUUCAUCAAAAAAUGAAGAUGAGAUGAUAAGUGAACACUUAUGCCAGUAAUGGACUGUCAUAUGUUUGAUUUUGAAACUAUUGGAGGUUUGGUCAGUGAUUUUUUUUUUUUUUAUUAAAUUAAAUUACACAACGUUGUACUGCAAGUACUUAAUAUGAUAAAGUGAGAAGAACAACAAAAAAUGUUAUGCAUG